AUGAGUAAUGUUAUAAUCGAUUCUUCGUCCGAGUCUGUUAAAAGAGAAGUACAUAUUUAUGUAGGAGAUCAUGAAUGUUGGUACUCAAGUUUUUGUGGAAAAUGCACUUAUAAGUUUUUUCAGGAACAACCUUCGAAUUGGACAAGUGGUAAUUCGGAAAUUGAAAAAAUAAUUCGAGAAUCUCAUGAAAGUGAAUGGAAUAUAGAGAGGACUCUAGAAUGGAUACCAUUUGAACAAUUUUAUGAUAUAAGAGAGAUAGACAAAGGUGCAUUCAGCAUAAUGUAUUUAGCAUAUUGGAUGGAUGGACCGUUGUUUAUGAAAGCUUUUCCGGAUGAGCUUAAAAAAUCACAAGAUAUUUCGGUAGAAUUCAUUAACGAAUUAAAAGUUCACCAUAAACUUUAUUGUGAAGAUUUAAAUUCUCAGGUUAUUCGUCUAUUUGGAAUAUCUAUAGAUCCUAGGGAUGGAGAAUUUUAUAUGGUUUUACAAUAUUGUGAGCAUGGAAACAUGCGACGGAAUAGUGUAAUAAAAACAAGAGAUGAUGUAUUAAAAGAAAGCUUAGAGUUAAAAGACCUUUGUGGAUACUCAACUCUUGAUGAAUUUGCGGACGAUGUAUGGGAAUUUAAACUCAAGUGGUUUGAUAUAAGCUGUCGAGAUGCAAAUCAUCAAACGGAAAUGCACCCAAAGGCAAUCUAUACAAGUCAGCUAAUAUCUGAUCUUACAAAAAACGUUCAAUGGGUGUCAAAUGAAUUAGAUCGAGAUAAUAAAUAUCACUCCGUUCAAGACAGGUUAAAAAUCGAUUUCUAG